GUUUAUUAUAAUUUCGUCAAAAAAAAGUUUAUUAUAAAGAGUGGAAAUAGAAAGCGAGGUGCAGGUUACAAAUGAUAGAAAUAUAGAAGUGAAAAAGUAGCAAUUACUUUCCAAAUGUGACAACAAUGGGGUUCACUUUUGUUUACGAACUCAACAAUUGAGGCUCCUCUCCUCUUGUUCAUACUGCUGCGCCACUUCUAUAACAUGACUUUUGUAACACUCGUCUUUGUUGCCGUAUUUUUCUUCGAUAUUAUGGAUCAGUCUUCCAAAGUCAUCUUCUUCAGUCUCUCAAUAUAUUCUAGUAAAGUUCAAAAAAUAAUAUAUUACUUAUAUUAUGGUCGGAAAAACGCGGUAAAUACGCCUCGACAUAGUCGGAAUCACACUCUACUCAUUUCAUAGAAAUUUCUCUCUUCUCUUAUUCUUCAAUAUAUACAUUAUGCAUAUGGAUUAAUCCUCCUCCAAGAAUUAUGCUUCUUCAAGCUGGUGUUUAGAUGAAUUAGUCGAGAUCUUGAAAUGCAAAGAAGCUUCAGAGCAGAAUGUAAUGACGAUUUUCUACGACAUUGAUCCGUCCAGUGUACGAAAGCAGAAGGGAGAUUUUGGGAGCGCUUUCAAGAAAACUUGUGUAGGCAAAACUGAAGAAGUGAAGCAGAGAUGGGCCAGAGCUUUGACUCAUGUCGCAAACAUUAAAGGCGAACAUUCUCUAAAUUGGUAGGUAGAUUUGGUACCUUUAUUAUCUUUCUCAAAUAUUUGUUUAUAUGUAAAGUUAGACCCACCAACGCAAAUAUUUGUUUGUUUUUGUUAAUUAGGGCUAGUGAAGCAGAGAUGAUCCAAAAGAUUGCUACUGAUGUUUCAAGGAAACUUAAUGUUACACCAUCACGGGACUUUGACGGGAUGGUGGGAAUGGACGCUCACUUGAGAAAAAUGAGCAUUUUGACACGCCUAGAGUGCGAUGAAGUGAUCAUGACUGGAAUUUGGGGUCCUGCGGGAAUUGGUAAGACUACCAUUGCUAGAGCUUUAUUCAACCGACUAUCUGUCAGUUUUCAAUUUAAAUGCUUUAUGGGGAACCUCAAGGGUAGUUAUAGGAGCAUAAUGGGUGUAGAUGACUAUGAUUCCAAACUGGCUUUACAAAGCAAACUUCUGUCCGACAUUUUGAACCAAAAGAGCAUGAGGGCACAACAUUUAGGUGCUAUAAAAGAAUGGCUUCAGAAUAAAAGAGUGCUUAUCGUUCUUGAUGAUGUUGAUGAUCAAGAGCAAUUAGAGGUUUUGGCUAAAAGUUCUUCUUGGUUCGGUCCUGGAAGUCGAAUCAUUGUUACCACAAAAGACAAAAAGAUUUUAAAGGCACAUAGGAUCAAUGAUAUCUACCAUGUAGAUUUUCCAUCUGAAGAAGAAGCUCUUGAGAUCUUAUAUCUCUCUGCUUUCAAGAAGAGUCCUCCACCUGAUGGUCUUGAAGAGCUUUCGAAAAGGGUAGUAAAGUUUUGCGGUAAUCUUCCGUUAGGCCUUCGUGUUGUGGGCUCAUCUUUGUAUGGGGAGAGCGUGGACGAAUGGAGGCUUCAAAUACAUGGGCUAGAAACUAGUCUUAAUAGAAAAGUGGAAGAUGUCUUACGAGUCGGAUAUGACAAAUUAUUGGAAAAACACCAGUCUCUCUUUCUACAUAUUGCAUGCAUCUUCAACGAUUGCUAUGUCGAUAAUGUGGCGAGAAUGCUCGCCGAUAGUAAUUUGGAUGUCGAAAAUGGAUUGAAGACCCUCGCCAGUAAAUCUCUUGUGCACAUAUCUACUGAUGGGUGGAUAACGAUGCACUGCCUACUACAAAAAUUGGGUAGGCAGAUAGUUCUUAAGCAGUCCAGCGAACCCGGAAAACGUCAGUUUUUAGUAGAAGUCCAAGAUAUCCGUGAUGUAUUGGAAAAUGAAACGGGUACUGGAUCUGUUAUAGGAAUAUCAUUUGACAUGUACAAGCUGAGCGAGUUAUCUAUAAGUGGGAGAGCUUUUGAAGGAAUGCGCAAUCUCAAAUACUUAAGAUUUAACGAAGCAAAUGUUAGCUUGUUAGAUGACAUGGAGUAUUUACCCCGCUUAAGGCUAUUAGAUUGGGAUUCAUACCCGGGAAGACGUCUUCCUCCAAGAUUUCGACCAGAAUAUCUCAUUGAACUCAGAAUGCAAAACAGCGAGCUCGAAGAGCUGUGGGAAGGAAUCCAGCACCUUCCGAAUCUCAAGAACAUAGAUCUUAGCGAUUCCUAUAAGUUGAAAGAAAUCCCAAAUCUCUCGAAAGCCACUGGCCUGGAGACAUUGAGACUUACAUGUUGUGAGAGCUUGGUGGAGAUUCCAUCUUCUAUUUUGAAUCUACACAAGCUGAAGAGUUUGGAGGCUUUAGGGUGUAUUAACCUACAAGUUGUUCCUACGGACAUGGACUUAGCAUCUCUCGAGAACGUAGACAUGAGUGGGUGCUCACGGUUGAGGACCUUGCCAAACAUUUCCAAGAACGUCAAGACUCUUCAAGUACUAUGCUCGAAGAUUGUCGAUUUUCCUGCAUCCGUUACUGGAUACUGGUCUACUCUCGAGUGUCUUGACAUAGGCAGCAGCAGCCUCAAGAGACUAACGCACGUGCCGCUAGGCCUUACUUCGCUAAACGUAAGCACCAGUGAUAUAAAGACGAUUCCAGAUUGCGUCAGAGCUCUCCCUCAUCUAGAUUUUCUCAUUGUGGCGAACUGCUCAAAACUCGUGUCGAUUUCUGGCCUUUCCCCUUCGCUUAGGUACCUAGUUGCAGACGACUGUGUAUCACUCACGAGAGUAUGCUUGUCGAUCAAGGGACUCACGCUUUACAACUGUUUCAAUCUGGAUGGAGAAACAAGAAAAGGAGUCAUACAACAUGACGUUGAUUGGUACGCAUGCUUACCAGGCAAAGAAGUCCCUGAGGUAUUCACUCACAAGGCUACGGGGAACACCGUGACUAUCCCUCUGACGGCUCCUGGUGGCGUGCAGCGGGCGUACUCUGCUUCUUCGAGAUUCAAGGCUUGCCUUGUGCUUUAGCCAAUUGUGUACUUCUCCAAACUCUAUAUAACCUGUCGUCUAAGAAGCAAAGGAGACACCGAAAUCGACAGCAUUCGCCGGUGGCAAUGGCGUCCAAAUUGGCCUCCUCAAAAUCUGUCGGAACAUCUGUUUAUACUUUGCGAUGACUUGUUGGAUGAACAAGACGGAUGUCUUGGAGAAAUGGAUGUGACUAUGGAGGAAAUGAUGUUUGAAUUCAGCUGCUGUGACGACUUGUUUGAUGAACAUGACGGAUGUCUUGGAGAAGUGGAUGUGACUAUGGAGGAAAUGCUGUUUGAAUUCAGCUGCAGGGGUAACGGUGACAAGAUUCUAGGAUGUGGUGUACAGAUUUUGGGAGAAGAAAGAGAGCGUAGUAGUGAAUGCAACAUAAGAGAUGGAGGUGGAGACAAUGAACAAGGAGCUCUUGAGGUAUCACAAGUUGAAAACAUCAAAAACACUAAACGUGUAGGUCACUUGAUGGGGUCAUCGAAGAAGAGAUUGCUACUUCGCCGUCCAAAACUAUCGAAGAAGAAACCAAAGCAACGAUCCUUAUAAUCACCAGUCUGGGAAAAAGGAAAAUGAAAUGAACAAAGCAGAGCGGGCUUGCAUCAAUGCAGCUAAUGUAUCAUUUACAUCUAUCAGUUACAAGUGGAUCAAAUGCUGGAAUGGACCAUAUGGACAUCAAAAAUUCUGAAAUAGAUAGAUCCUUGAUAUUUUCAUAUUUAUUUUGAAUUAAUUUUAAAUAGAAAAAUGGGUAAAAAGUCCUCAAAACCUAAUAACUUCUAUUUAUUUACUAACCCAACUACUAUUUAUCCAAACCCAUUUACCCGACCUAAGCUAGGCAUGGGCAUUCAGGUACCUGCUCGGAUUCGGGUCGGGUCUUUCGGGUUUCGGUUCUUUCGGUUUUUCAAUCUAGAGACUCAAUCGGGUAUAUAUAAAUUUUGGGUCAGGUUCGAGUCGGGUCCACUCAGGUUCAGGUGGGUUCGGUUCUAAAUUUUAAGAACCGAAAAAUAACCAAAUACUCAAUGUACUUGAACUUAUUGUGGUUACAUUUACCCGAAGUAACUGUUCGGUUCCAAAUAUUAACCGAUAUCCCCUAGACUAUAUUUGCGAAGUGAUUUUGCUACAUGUCAUCUCUACAAUCAUUUUUACAAAAAAAUGAUGACAUGGCUAACAAUAUUGAUGACAUGGCUUAUAGUUAAUAUGACAUGGACAAUCACAUUUAUUACUGACAUAUAUUUUUGGUAAACUUUAUAAAAUAUAGCAAUAACUAAUACAUUACAUUUAAUGUUGAUUUAUAUUUUUGGUAAACUUCUUAAAAUAUGAUAAUAAUUCAUAAAUCAUCACUAAAAUAAAUAUAUUGAAAUAUGCAUUAUAAAUUUCGAAAUACAUUAUUUAAUUGUAUUUUCAUAAUUAUACAAUUUUUAUUAUAAAUAUUUUCAAAAUUUUCUACAUCUUUUUUAAAAAAUUAAUAAAUUGUUAAUCGUAAUUUCAUUAGUUUUUUUAGAUAUUAACAAAUUUUAUAAAUAUUGUUUAGUUAUAAUUUUUAAUCUCCUAGACUAUAUUUGCGAAGUAAUUUUGCCACAUGUUCUCUCUACAAUCAUUUUUACAAAAAAAAUGAUGACAUGACUAACAAGAUUGAUGACAUGGUUUAUAGUUAAUAUGACAUGGACAAUCACAUUUAUUACUGACAUA